CACCACAAGACGCACAGCACACCACAGACCACACCCCCAGUAAAAGGUCUCCAACCCCAUUUUCCCCUCUCUCUGGUUCGUUGACCUAGAGAGUUCGCUGCCCACCACCCCCACCCAUAUUAUCAUCACUUCCUCUACCAACUUCUAGAUCUGUUUUUUCCAAACCCCAUCUUUCACUUUUCCAAGAUCUAGUGGAACCGCCAAAAACGCUGUCGUUUUUGGAGACUCUGAUUUGCAAGUAACCAAACCCAGUUCAGAUCUGUCUGAAGCAAAAAACGCUGUCGUUUUUUUGCAAAGCUUUGAACUUAGGCAAAAGAACAAAACUUUUUGUGUUUUCAGAUCUGGGUUUGAUUGUAUUUCCCAUCCUGUUGCCUGAAUUGAAACAUUGGAAAUGUCGAUUUUACCGAAAGGGGAUUCGAUUCAAAUCAGGGAGGUUUGGAAUGAUAAUUUGGAAGAAGAGUUUUCUCUGAUCCGUGAAGUGGUCGACAAUUAUAAUUUUAUUGCUAUGGAUACUGAGUUUCCUGGCGUGGUUCUUCGACCUGUCGGGACUUUUAAGAAUAUUAAUGACUAUAAUUAUCAAACUUUGAAAGACAAUGUGGACAUGUUGAAGUUGAUCCAAUUGGGUCUCACUUUCUCUGAUGAAAAUGGGAAUCUUCCCACUUGCGGGACUGACAAGUUUUGCAUCUGGCAAUUCAAUUUCCGCGAGUUUAAUAUAAGUGAGGAUAUCUUCGCCAGUGAUUCAAUUGAGUUGUUGCACCAGUGUGGGAUUGAUUUCAAGAAGAAUAAUGAGAAGGGGAUCGAUGUAAAUCGGUUUGGUGAGCUUUUGAUGUCGUCGGGGAUUGUGUUGAACGAUGGUGUGCAAUGGGUUACUUUCCAUAGUGGGUAUGAUUUCGGGUACUUGCUUAAGCUGUUGACAUGCCGGAGUCUGCCUGAUACGCAAGCGGGGUUCUUUGAUUUGAUCAAUAUGUAUUUCCCCACGGUGUAUGAUAUCAAGCAUUUGAUGAAGUUUUGCAACAGCCUUCAUGGUGGGUUGAACAAGCUUGCAGAGUUGUUGGACGUGGAGAGAGUUGGUGUGUGUCAUCAAGCAGGUUCUGAUAGUUUGCUGACAGCUUCUACGUUUAGGAAGUUGAGGGAAACCUUCUUCAGUGGAUCUACAGAGAAAUACGCUGGUGUUUUAUAUGGUCUUGGUGUCGAGAAUGGACAGAGUACUAAUUGAAAGGAAAUAAUUGGGGAUAAGAAAGAUUGAUGAAUAUUUGUAGACUACUUAAGUGUGAGACUAUCAGUUCUCUUUGUAAACUGGCAAAAAAUUGUCAAUUUAGUCGUAACUUUGUCUUCUUUGCUUGCUUUGUAACUGAAACCUUAACCGGUUUUUGUAGCUUGAGUUGCGUGUACAUUGUUGCAGUUAGACUUUGAAUAAAAACUUAUGAUGGUUAUUUA